UCUUUGUGAUGUACUGGCGUUACGGGGGGCCGACGAAAAUUCAACUCACCGCGAACGAACGGGCGCUUCAUUCAUGGCCUCGUCUUGCGUCAUUUCGCGCAGCCACCUGUGGCACAGUCGUAGGAGAUUAUGUCGGCGCAAAGUGCAGAUCCUCCAAACUGCAUCGCAAGUCAGGAAGAAGAAGAGGAGGAGAUGAUCUUGGACGAGGCUGAGAAUAAUCCUGUGGAUAUUUUGGAAUGUUUAUCAGUUAUGAUAAAUGAGGGUACUGGGAACGAUGCGAGUCAAGUGCAAGAACUUCUGUUGGAUGAUCAGUUGCUCGGUACAAUGGUGACUGCUAUUACAUUGCCUGAUGGAACUCAAGCUUUUGUUACAAAUAAUCUCAAUGACAUUGAUUCAGAUUUCAAGACGCAAACAUUACAAACAACGCUUGAAAAUGGAAAUACCAUAUUACUACGAGAUUUGUCAGAAUUUGGGGAGGGCAAGGCUCUUCAAUUGGAAUUAGAUCCAGCUACUUUUGUACAAGCUGAAGAUGCUUCCAAUGAAAAUGUAGAAAACACAUAUUCGCAAGUCGAAUUUAUCAAUGGCACAACAACAUUUAUGGUAGCUAGUCACAUGGAUCUUGGUGAAAAUUUAUGGGAAAUUCAAGAUGGGAAAUUAAAAAAGAAAGAUUCCAAGAUCUUAGUCAACAAAUUGUCUGACACAAAGAUUAGAUAUCCUUGUCCUAGAGAAGGAUGUUCAAAAGUUUACAGCACACCCCAUCAUCUCAAGGUUCAUGAGCGUUCGCAUACUGGUCAAAGACCAUAUAGAUGUACGCAUCCAAAAUGUAAGAAAAGCUUUUCAACAGGAUACAGUUUGAAAGCACAUUUGCGGACACAUACAGGUGAAAAACCAUAUAAGUGCACGAAUGGAACGUGUAAUAAGAGUUUCAAGACAUCAGGCGAUUUAUUAAAACAUGUGAGAACGCACACAGGAGAACGUCCAUUCGUAUGCCCAUUUGAUGGUUGCGGCCGAUCAUUUACUACAAGUAAUAUUAGAAAGGUUCAUGUAAGAACGCAUACUGGUGAACGACCAUAUAAAUGUACUCAGCCGAUGUGUGGUAAGGCGUUUGCCAGUGCAACAAAUUACAAGAAUCAUAUACGGAUACAUUCGGGUGAAAAGCCUUAUGUUUGUUCCAUAGAAAAUUGUGGUAGAAGAUUUACCGAAUACUCUAGUCUGUAUAAACAUCACCUUGUACAUACACCACAACGUCCAUUUGAAUGCACAUUGUGCUCUAGAAGAUAUCGACAAAGUAGCUCGCUGGUGUGUCACAAAAGAACAAAUCAUGCAUUGAUUGAUAGUGACGAUAGUGCUGAUGUAUUUUUGCAAGAUUCUCUUGAACUUUCUAGUCAAAAUAAAAAUAAAAAAAAAAUUACAAAAGAAACUCCACUUGGGAAAGAUAAACAAAUACAGAUUUCUAAAAUGAUUGAUGAUAUAAAUGAUAAGGAACCACAAAUUUUGUUGGUGAGCGAUUCUUCGCAAAUCGCUACAUUACAGAAAAUUGGUCUGGAUGAAAGUUUUGAUGAUCCUGGCAUUGAUACAACUUUUGAAGGAUUGAAUAUAAAGAUCGAAGACAUAGAAUUUGGUUGGAAUUAAUACUAAAAGCGGAAAAUAUGAUAUAUAUGUGAUUAUUUUUUCGACGUAUAUCAUUAUGUGUGAAUAUCAUGAGCAUUAAAUGUUAACGAUUUUGUUAACAUUCAUGCAUAUAUUUUUUUUAAUACCAGAGCAAAAUCAAAUAAGCAAAUACGUGAUAAUAGCUGCGAGCUCAAAUUUUAUUUUCUCAUCCGAGUUUCAUAAACUCAUCAAACAGAAAUAUAAGAUAGUGUCAAGCAUUUCGUAAUGAGUGUGAUAGUUAAUAUAUUACGGUAUAAAUUGUUUCAAUAGUCAUUAUAGCCUAAGUAAAGAUUUAUUUGACAUAAUUCAAUGUUUAAUCAACAAAUAUGCUAAAAGGGACUUUAGAGAAAUAUACGUGUGUUAUUUUUCAUUUACGGAUCGAAUUUGAUGAUCUCUCAGCGAAAUUAUAUCAGUUCAUACUUUAAACAUAUGGGUGUAAGCCAGGUAAGAUUAAGAAAAGAAGAUUAAAGGAAAUAUAUAAAGAAAAUUAAUAUUUAUACUGUUGAUUAUGUUUUUAAAGGCAGUGCCUUAUCUGAAAAUACGCCCGAGCGUGAAGAAAAAUACAUAUUAUAUAUUAUUAUAUAUUACAUUUUUUCUAUCUAUAAUUACCGAAUAUGUACAUGGUAUUUUUAUAAUAUUAUAAAUCUUUUUUUCACACUCAUAUAAUUAGACUAGUUGAAUUACAUUUAUAUUUUUUAUAGAUAUUUUUAAUUAACAUUUUCAAUCAA